AUGCAGCUAACAAGUUUGUUAGUUGGUGGUGCACUCGUCAGUGCCCUUGAACGUGUUCAUUUCCCGAACACAACCUCGUGGACUAGUUCACAUGAUGCAAAUCCGUCAACUACAGUGGUUAGCAUUAGCUCAGUCGAUUCGCUGGGCUCAACGAUUUAUUUUACAUCCCCGGCACUAGUGUCUCUUGCAACGUCAACUGUAGACAAUACGGUUACAACUUACACGACUUGGUGCCCUUUAUCUACCUUUGAGUCAUCGUUUACAGAUACUUCUCUAGCCUCUACGGUGGAAAGCUCACAGACAACGUUAGUUACGUUAAGCUCUGUUGACACUAUGGGAUCUACAAGUUUGGUUACUUCGAAAGCACUGAUGUCCUUAGUCACUUCUACUGUGGAUGAUACUAUAACCGUUUACACAACAUGGUGUCCUCUACCCUCGACAACUCGAAGAAUUUUGUCUAGUAUCUCAACUGAUUCGUCGCUCACAGAAGUAGCCCCAACUAUGUCCACAGAAAGCUCUGCAACUACAGCAAGCUCUGUAGUCACGCCAAGUGCUGUGACAACAAGAAGCUCUGCAGCUACGUCAAGCACUUUGACAACGAAAAGCUCUACGACGGCAGCAAGCUCUGCAACGACAGCAAGCUCUGCAACGACAGCAAGCUCUGCAGCUACGUCAAGCACUUUGACAACGAAAAGCUCUACGACGACAGCAAGUUCUGCGACGACAAUCCCCAGUACCACCACCGUUGUUCUUAGUUCGGUUGAUUCGUCUGGACUGACGACGGUUUUAACCUCAACGGUAUUAGCGUCUUUGUUAACCUCCACUGUUGAUGAUACUACCAUAAUUUAUACAACAUGGUGUCCACUCACUUCUACCUCUUCAGUACAUGUCAGUUCUUCAAAUUCCUUAUCAACUACUGUUUCCUCCAUAGCAAGUACAUCUGGUACCAUAACCACAAGUACCCUCACAACGGCUAGCAUUUCUUUGUCGAAAGAUUCAAUCGGUGAUAUUCACACCACACUAGUAACGCAAACAUAUACAUAUACGUCUACUGUGUGUGAUACAUGUGAGCAUCACAUGUCCUCAUCUAAAGCGUAUUCCACCUCAAGCAAACCAUUAAGCUCUUCUAAAUUCCUGACAAGUAGCAAGUCAAGCUUGCAGGAGCAAUCGCCUACAGUGACUUCUUCUUCGACCUAUUGGUCGUCUACCUCAAGCAGCACAACUCAAGAUACGACCUCAACUUUUCAAAGCACAGACUCUUUGCAUGGUAGUGCCAGCAAGUCGACUGCUACAAAGAUUACCUAUUCACCUGCAACUACAUCUUUACCAUCUACGACUAUUCUCACAAUAAGUUCUAGCAGUGGGGGGAUUACUUCACUGAGCACCUCAGUUGCCUUAUUGACAUUGACAACUGAAACUAUAAGCGGCGUUGUCACAUCUUAUAUAACAUGGUGUCCUUUGACAUCCGAAAGCUCGUCUUCAUUUACCAAGCUAUCUUCAUCAACUACUAGCUCAUCGGGUAACGAGGUUUUGACAUCCUACUCAUCCGAGUCAUCCAGUAACAGUUUGCUUUCUUCAUUUAGCAGCCUGAAACCACUCUCAGAAUCAUUGAUAUCCACAUCUCAAUUGCAAUCAUCGGGUUCCUUGACUGCUACUCUAUCGACUUCCACCAAUACCUCAUCUUCAACAAUAGCAACUACCCCCGUAGGAUCAUCCUGGAUUUCUUCGACAAUCUCAAUCUCUACAAAGACAAGAUCUGAAAAGUCCUCAUCCACUAUCUCAACUUCGCUGUCUAAUGCGUCCGCUUCUCCUUCGCUACCUUCAUCAGCGAUUUCCAAAUCACGAGCGGUCCAUUCUUCAAGCGAUAGUGCAAGUUCCUCAUCUAGUAUCUCCUCAACAUCCUACUCCCCAUCAUCCGGCUCCUCUGGGUUAUCGACUUUCUCUUCAACGACGGCUUCGGAAAUACCUUCCGCCCAUUCUUCAAGCAAUAUCGUGAGUUCUUCGUCUGGAACUCCCUUCUCCUCUAUCUCGUCUAUGUCGUCGCCACUUUCUUCAGUGAUGACAUCAAAAGUGGUUAGCACAUUGAUCUCAUCAUCACCACCGUCAUCAUCGCAGUCUUCGCAUGUCACAUCGGAAUCUCGCUUCCCUGGAUCGUCUACUAGCAGUUCACCCUCGUUGAAUAGCACUUCUGGGUCUUCGUUGAUUGUUUCCACAACUACCUCUGUGACAAGUUCUUUUGAUUCUUCCACCAGCCCAGUCUCCUCUUCAGCGAGCACUGAAACGUUGUCUUCACAGUCGAGGCUAAACUCAACGCCUCUAGGCUCUUCCAUUUCAUCAUCAAGUGAAAUUUCGAGCACCUCUAUAACUUCAAAUGGUGUUACAACUGUAACUUCGUAUCAUACCAUAGUAUACUCGACUGAAGUAUGUUCUUUGGGCACUUGUCAUAGAACUGUCGUCACCUCUAAAUCAUCUAGUUUUGACACAGUGUAUGAUACCACAUCAGAAUGCAGCGGUGAUAGUUGCAUUAGAUCGAGAAAAACUACUUCUAAGCAUGAAGAGUGUACGCAAGGCUCUUGUAUAAGCUCCUCUUCGACCUCUACGCUUGCACCUAAGUCCAGUCACACUGGAAGCCAAUCCUCGAUGGUUUCAAGUUCGGUGUACCCAACCACAGUACUUUCCCACACGAUUGUUUUAUCCACUGAAGUCUGUUCAUCAGAACGCUGUCACACAUCAAUAACAACCUCAUUACUUCCUUCAACGUCAACAUUUUCAUCGGCAACAAUUAGCUGUACGGGGAGAUUGUGUGAGAAUUCCUCGAGUACGAACUCAAAAAGUUCCUCACAUGGAGAGAGCUCGUCUGUGAAUUGUCCGACAUGCUCUUCUUCCAGUCUGCGAACUUCUUAUAGCAGUAUAACCAGUGGAAAAAGUAGUGUGUCCUCUACGUUAUCUCGUGAAUCCCAGAGUUCUUCUUCCAGCCUGCGAACUUCUUCUAGCAGUACGACCAGUGGACAAAGGAGCGAAUCUUCCACAUCAUCUCAUAAAUUCCAGAGUUCAUCCACAUCUGACAGUGAACUGCCUACCUCAUAUGCGCCACCUUCUUCGAGCAGUGCUUCAUCUUCGCAAACAAUCCAAUCUUUGACCUCUGUGUCAUCCUUGAUAUCACAGGCCUCUUCUUAUUUAUCUAAAGUUACUACAACGGUGAGUGGUGCUGUUACGGAAUAUACAACGUGGUGUCCAUAUAGCACGUCUUUCACAUCACCCUCAGCCACCGUGAGCUACAAAUCUUUAACGACGGAAAUAACCAGUUCUCAAUCUCUCACAACGGAAAUUUCCCAGGCGUCAAGUUCAGAUCACCAAAAAGAGUCCACAAGCAGUGGGAAUGAAUCAUCUUCAUCUUCAUAUGAGCAAAAAACAACUAGCAAGAGUGCGGGGACUACCUCAUCAGUGGAAACCUCUGAAUCUUUCGCAAAUACUGAAUCAACUUCUGUGGUAAGUUCUACAACUAUAUUAUCAACGACCCGGUCCUUGGCCUCAACACCUUCCUCUCAUUCAAAAUCUACAAGAAGCUCGUCGUCGGCUGUUUAUUCCUUAUCUAGUACUUCUUCAUUGGCACCUAAAAGUGUUGGAUCAACUAUAACAACAGUCGCUUCCUCUUUGAUUAGUGCCUCGGCUUCUACUUCCACCAAUUCAAAUCGACCCUCCUUUUCAUCUCAUUCCACGCCUUUUAUUGCAACGUCUGUACACACCACUGAAACCAUUUUUUCUGCUUCUACAGUUGAAAGCACAAAAUCUACAGAAAGCUCGAUUCCGACUGCAAGUUCCAUCUAUUCGAUCUAUUCGAUUAGUACUUCUCAGCAGACACCGCUUUCAUCGUCAGUCUUAACAGUUGUAACAAUAACUUCAAGUGGAGUUGUAUCGGAGUACACGACCUGGUGCCCACUGACUGAUGUUUCAGCAUCUGUAAGCUUGGGACUUGAAACCAGUUCUAAAAGAUCAGUUUUGACAACAAUUACUACUACUUCAGAGGGAUUGGUCACGCAGUAUACUACAUAUUGCCCCUUAUCCUCCACGAGUGUGUCGCAAAAUAGUGACACCAGGAUAUCAGCCACUACCAGUCAAGUUACAACUACCUCAUUGCAAGAAAGCAGUUCAGUCACGACGCAUACGUUAGCAUCUAGCAUCACGAAGUCUACAAGUGCUAAGAACAGCGCGGAGUCGUGUAGUGGUACAGAUUGCGCGACGUCUAGUUCGGAGACUAGUUCUUUUCCUGAUUCUCCAACAGUCUCACAAUCCACAACAUUCAAAACAUCCUCAACUAUAUCAAUAACAACCGUUCUGCCGAUAACAAAAACAUCAACUCAAAGUGGUGGUGAGAUUGUGACGGUCGUGAGCUCGGUUUCCAGUACUAUUCCGUUCACAACAGAUUUCAUCGUUACGACGCAGAUGCCUGUUGCCGAGAGCAAAAGCCACGACGUUCAGACCAUGUCUUCAAAAGUGUACACUGAUACUGCACAAACCGAGAACACUCAAAGUCAGAGUAAUUCAGAGAGCUUUUCGACACUUGCAGCAAUUUCCUCUAGUACAGCGGCAGUUGCAAAUACAUUUGAAGGCAAAGCUGCAAUUACCGGCAACAGUUAUUUACUACAUAUUCUCAGUGGAUUGCUAUUGAUGGUAACCGCUUAG